CGCAUGACAUGCACACUCGUCUAUGAUAGUGACUCGAUUAGAUGGAGGUCGACUCGAUUACAUCACCGUUCGAAGACCACAUGUCAUUGUUGUCCAAAGGCCUUCGCGGCCUAAGAGCAAGGCUGCUCGAGAAAAAGAGACGAUGACGGUGCCCCAGACAAUCUGCCGAACGAACCAACGCUCACCCGCCCCUUCGCAGCCUGUUCACGAUCUGUUCACUCACGUCGAAGCCGUGUCGUUCUGAUACGUUUGUACGUUUGAACCACUGAAUGAGACACAUGUAUGCCCUAGAGUGCUGUUGAACACUUGACUCAACUCGAUGGACGCUGCGGCGCGUAGGGCAGCCUUGCUCAAUCCGAAAGCCGCCCGCAAAGCAGCGGCAGCAGCUAAAACCAAGAAGAGAGAUCUCGACGAUGAUCCCGUCCAGCAAGAUGACAACGCAUCUGGCGUCGGCUCUUUCAUGGAGCGUCAGUUCAAUCUCACUGAUCGCGAAGCUGCACCCGUCGCCAAGAAGCAGAAGAUGGACGACGAUAUCAACGACUCGAAGCGCAAGGCCAUGUUCAAGGGCGGCAAGGGCGGUGUGAUUGGUGAAUACCUCAAGGAACAACGCGAUCAGGGUGCUCGUGAGGCGGGCCCUGCUGCUGCUGCUGCUGCUGUUGAUCUGACUGGAGAGGACGACGAAGAGAUUGAAGUGAUCUCAUCAAAGUCAAUUGCUCUGGACCCAAGGCGUGAGAUCUGCAUUGGCUCCAUCACAGCAAAGGUAAUGGCACACAAGGUUCCCGCCGCAAACAGAACUCUAGGCAAGUACUCUGAGAACUGGCCUCCCGCGAGAAUGCAGCUCCAGCCCAGGGUCGGACAGGAAAAGGUGUAUCUUGCCGUCGAUGGCAAGGGCAUCGAAUUUGGCAAGCUCGACAUCAUCACCGUCAACGCUCUGGCUCCAUUGAUGAAGAAUCCGAACUUGAAGCUCCGUCUCGCAUGUCUCUUGAAGGAGCGUCCUAAGGAAGCCGAUGAACAACCUGGCCAAGCGAUCUCCAAAUCUCUGGACGUUUCUAUCACAAUGUACUGCGCUGCUGAAGCACAGAAAGGUAUUGGCCGCCACCUGAGCCAACGCUCGAUCUGGCUUACAAAGCCUCUCGUUGUUGCACACGGCACCGAAGUCAUCAACCCUCAUGUACCUAGUUACAGCUUCGUUCCAACAAAGGUCUCUUCCUCCACAGUCGCAGCUCAGUCCACAGGCUUUAGAGUUCGUACAACUGAAGAGAUCAAGAGUGAUGUUCUCUCUAUGUUUGACAGACUCGGCAAACCAGAGGAGCUCCCCGAAGCUGAGGCGGAUGCGACUCUUGUCAAGACCCAAUUGAUGCAGCAUCAGAAGCAGGGUCUCUGGUUUCUUACCAAGCAUGAAGCCCAAACUCCUCCUGAAGAAGAUCCCCUUUGGAAGUUUGCAAUUCGCAAGAAUGGAAAUAGAGCUUGGUACAACGUAAUCACCGGUGACGAGAUGAAGAAGGUUAGUCCCAUUCUCGGCGGCCUUCUUGCUGAUCAGAUGGGCCUGGGAAAGACACUCUGUAUUCUCUCGUUGAUCUGCGCCACCCUCAAAGAGGCCAGAGAGUUUGGCGAGGGCCAGAUGGAUGAUAGCGACAAAGUCACCGGAGAUGUUGAGCGUCGCUCCGGUGGUACCUUGCUUCUUUGUCCCAAGUCAGUCAUAUCCAACUGGCAGGAGCAGAUUGGUCAACAUCUCGACAACGCCAAGGUCAGCUACUACAUGUACCAUGGCAACAAGAGAGAGCAAGAUCUAGAUGUUCUGUCGCAGUACGACAUCGUUGUUACCUCCUACAGCAUUGCAGCAAGCGAGUUCGCCUCCUCCUCCAAGAACUAUAGCGCGCUUGCCCAGAUUGCCUGGUUUCGCAUCGUCCUGGAUGAGGCCCAUCAGAUCCGCAACCAAGAGACCACCACAUUCAAGGCCGCCUGCGCUCUUGUUAGCAAGCGUAGAUGGGCCGUCACCGGUACCCCCGUACAGAACAGACUCGACGACUUCGGCGCUCUUGUCAAGUUUCUUAAGAUCUAUCCCUUCUCCGACAAGGGUGUGUUUGAAAAGCACUUCAUGGCCCCGUUCAAGUCCGGUGACCCACAGGUUCUUGACAACCUCCGUCUUCUCGUUUCCAGUAUUACCCUUAGACGUUCAAAGGACAGAAUCGAACUGCCUGACCGUGUCGAGGAGAUUGUCCGUCUCGAAUUCUCAUCCGAGGAACAGGCUCUAUACGACGCUUUCGCAAAGGACGCCAACAAGAAGGUUCGCGCUAUGACACGCGGCAGCGAUCGCCUGAGAGGCAGAAGUUACGCUCACGUUUUGGUCAACAUCACCAGAUUGAGACUGCUCUGUGCCCACGGUCGCGAACUUCUUAGCGAGGACGAUAUGAAGGUCCUGCAAGGCACAUCCUACGAGACAGCCAUCGAUCUCGGCGAAGAAAGCGACGCCGAAAAGCCUACAAUGACCAAGGAACAGAUCUACGACACAUUCUAUCUCUUGCGUGAAAGUACCAUGGACGUGUGCUCGUGUUGCAUGGAAGGCAUUGGACGCCUCGAACAACAAGUUGCGGACAACGACAGUGACUCUUCUGACAGCGAAGACGAAGAUGAGGACAUCAUCGGAUACCUUACCCCUUGUCUCCACCUUGUGUGCCCAGCCUGCGCUGACAAGUACUGGAACGAACUCAGAACCACCCAAACUCGCGACAACUACGCCCACUGCCCUCAAUGCGAGCAGUACAUCAAGGCCGUCAUGCACCCCAUCAGCCAGAAGGACGUCGACGACGACGUGGAGGCUCGCCAGAAGAAGAGGGGUCAGGUCAAGAGCAAGAAGGGUACUGAAUACGGUGGACCUCACACCAAGGUCAAGGCGUUGAUCGCUGAUCUGUUGCGCCACGUCGAGGACUCGCGCGACAAGCUCGAGUUGGGCGAGCCUCCAAUCCGCAGUGUCGUCUUCUCCAGCUGGACCUCUUACCUCGAUCUCAUCGAAAUCGCGCUCAAGGACGCAAAGAUCGGCUUCUUACGUCUCGACGGCCAGCUGUCCGUCAGCGCACGCACCCAGGUUCUCGAUCGCUUCAAGACCGAUCCCAACAUCUACGUGUGCCUCGUCUCCAUCAAAGCAGGCGGCCAAGGUCUGAACUUCACAGCUGCCAACAAUGUCUUCAUGAUGGAGCCACAGUUCAACCCGGGUGUCGAAAUGCAAGCCAUCGAUCGUGUCCACCGUCUUGGCCAGAAGAGAGACGUGCAUAUCCGUCGCUUCAUCAUGGCCAACAGUUUCGAAGAGAAGAUUGUAGAGUUGCAGAAGAAAAAGAUUGAGUUGGCCAACUUGGCUACUGGAGGAAAGGUCAUUCGUCAGGAUGCACAAAAGGAAAUUUUCCAGAGCUUGAUGAGUCUGUUCUAGAUGGUUGGGAGAGAAGAUGCAGAAUGUGCAGAGAGAGACAUGAGGAAACGCUGCGGGAAAGCGAUGCGAAAGAUGCAGGAAGAUGCAGCGUAAACCGUGAUCCAUGUACCAGUAGCCGAUUGCGAGAAGGGGAUGGAACUCCACAAAGAGCUUUGAUAGAGCUCGCAUUGGUAUCAUAGCAAUCAGAUGAUGUUGAUCAAACCAUGAU